AUACUUUGUACAUUACUAGCUCAUCUCCAUAUAAACAAUUUUUAGUUUUAUCCCUCAGCUGAUUUCAAAUAAUGGCUUCUUUUGGGGUUUCUUCUUGUUUCAUCGUUUUGAUCGUAGCAUUUUGUGUAUUCUACUUGGAAGCAUGUACUCAUGACUCAGAAUGUCAAUUGAAUUGUGACCAUCUCGGCCUUUGUGACCUACCAAUCGGAAAGUGCAGUUGUCUAUUGAUAUUUGAUCCGUUAUCCUCUACCAUUGUACCAAAUGUUGCGGCACCAAAUGCUGCAGUACCAAAUGCAGCUGUACCAAAUGCUACGAUACCAAAUACUGCUGUUCCAAAUGUUGUUGUACCAAACGUUGCGGUACCAAAUGCUGCUGUACCAGAUGUUGCGGUACCAAAUGUUGCUGUACCAAAUGUUGCGAUACCAAAUGCUGCGGUACCAAAUGCGAACGAGAAAUGUGUUGACGAUGCAGAUUGUGCUAAUUUUUGUGGACCAACUUGCAAAUACUAUAAAUGUGAUAACGGCUUUUGUAUAUGCCAUUGUAGUGCAUGAAAAACAUAGUGUUUUUGUUCAAAGGCUCUAAUUUUAGGCUUUUCAAUAAUUUAUACUAGAAAAUCAGCAUAUAAAACAAGUGACUAGAAAAAUGUGUUGAGAGGAUUGAUUUGCUUUUUAUUAUAUUAAAAUUCACUUUAUUGAUCUUAAAAAAAA